UUUUACUAACAAGCUUUUCUAGUUUCUAGUUUCUAGUUUCUACUUAUACAUCUCUUCUCUCACUCUCUAUUUCUCUCUAGGAUGGCAAACACAGACAAUAUUAGCCAAGAUGCACCAGGGUUCAAGCUUUUUGGCACAACAAUUCCAUUGCAGGGGAGACAAGUAAGAGAGGAGAGUUCUAAGACAGUGGACACAAUGGAGAGAAGGCCAGAGAAGAUCAUUCCAUGCCCAAGGUGCAAAAGCAUGGAGACCAAGUUCUGUUACUUCAAUAACUACAACGUUAACCAACCUCGGCACUUCUGUAAGGGAUGUCAGAGAUACUGGACAGCCGGCGGGACACUUCGAAACGUACCCAUCGGAGCUGGACGGCGGAAAACCAAGCCAUCAUAUGAAGGGUCAACUGGAUUUUUCGAGAAUUGCUUGUUUGAUGCACCAGCAGUGAAUCAGUUUGAAUUGGAAGGAGUGGUGGAGCAGUGGCGGUUGGCCACCACUAGAGGUGGUUCCCAACAGAUUUUUCCGGCAAAGCGGCGGAGCAACAGCUCAGCUGGUCAAAUAUGUUGAAUUUCUUUGUUUCUGUAUAUUGCUCCAAAGCUAAUUGAAAUAUUUGCUAUUGGGUGUAUAU